AGCCGCGCAGGCGCACGGCAGCCGCUGCAAUGGCGGUGCCGGGCUCCUUGAAUAGGUAUCUGCUGCUCAUGGCACAGGAGCACCUGGAGUUCCGCCUGCCGGAAAUAAAGUCUUUACUAUCACUUUUUGGAGGCCAGUUCAUUAACAGUCAGGAAACUUAUGGAAAGUCUCCAUUUUGGAUUCUUAACAUUCCCUCUGAAGAUAUUGCCAGAAACUUAAUGAAACGGACAGUGUGUGCCAAGUCUAUAUUUGAACUAUGGGGUCAUGGAAAAUCUCCUGAGGAGCUGUAUACUUCUCUUAAAAAUUACCCUGUGGAGAAGAUGGUUCCAUUUCUACAUUCAGAGUCUACAUAUAAAAUAAAGAUUCAUACAUUUAAUAAAACAUUGACUCAAGAAGAAAAAGUCAAACGAAUAGAUGCCCUUGAAUUUCUGCCAUUUGAAGGAAAAGUGAACUUAAAGAAACCACAGCAUGUAUUCUCUGUUUUGGAGGACUAUGGUUUGGACCCAAACUGCAUCCCUGAGACUCCUCAUAAUAUUUAUUUUGGUAGAUGGAUUGCAGAUGGGCAAAGAGAGCUAAUUGAGUCAUAUAGUGUCAAAAAGAGACAUUUUAUUGGAAAUACAAGUAUGGAUGCUGGCUUAUCGUUCAUCAUGGCCAACCAUGCAAAAGUGAAAGAAAAUGAUGUUGUCUUUGAUCCAUUUGUUGGAACAGGUGGGCUCCUGAUCGCGUCUGCUCACUUUGGCGCUUAUGUGUGUGGGACGGACAUUGACUACAACACGGUUCAUGGCUUGGGAAAAGCUAGUAGAAAAAACCAGAAAUGGCGAGGACCAGAUGAAAACAUCAGGGCAAAUCUUCGUCAAUAUGGCUUAGAGAAGUUUUAUCUUGAUGUCUUGGUUUCAGAUGCCUCUAAGCCAUCCUGGAGGAAGGGAAUGUAUUUUGAUGCAAUCAUCACAGAUCCUCCAUAUGGUAUCAGAGAAUCUACAAGAAGAUCAGGUUCACAGAAAGAAAUACCAAAGGGAAUAGAAAAGUGUCCAGAAAGCCACGUUCCUGUCUCCUUGAGUUAUCAUCUGAGUGAUAUGUUUUUUGACCUGUUAAACUUUGCAGCUGAGACCCUCGUACUGGGUGGAAGACUAGUCUAUUGGUUACCAGUAUAUACACCGGAGUACACUGAAGAGAUGGUGCCCUGGCACCCUUGCCUGAAACUUAUUAGCAAUUGUGAGCAGAAGCUUUCCAGUCACACAGCAAGGCGCUUGAUCACAAUGGAAAAGGUGAAGGAAUUUGAGGACCGGGACCAGUAUUCACACUUGCUGAGUGACCAUUUUCUACCAUACCAAGGUCAUAAUUCCUUUCGUGAGAAAUAUUUUAGUGGUGUGACAAAAAGAAUUGCCAAGGAAGAAAAAUCCAGCCAAGAAUGAAAAUCAUGACGUUAACAACCAAGAAAGAAUAAGCAUUUUAUAGAAACGACCUGUGCUGUUUAAAAUUUUUAUAUAAAUAACUGCUAUAAAUCAAAAUCGAAUAAUUUCAAAAUGAUCUUUGCUUUAGAGACUAUUUUGGUGUGUCUUUUGAACCUGGUUAAGUUCAGGGACUGAUACAUAUAGAUGGAGUCAGUGUUUAUAUUUUUACAGAGAAAAUAUUGUUAACUUUUAAUCCAUAUUUGCCAGAUAUAUAGUAAGCAAUUAAUAGUCCUUUAGAAUAUUUUCAUUUUGUAAAUUUGCUUGGCUUGGUUUUUAGUUGUAGCUGUUUUUCAUUGCCAUCAAUAAACUUUACUGAGAAUUUCUAAAAGUUGUGUGGUACUCAGUAUUGCUCAUCUCAUCUCAUGGAGAGCUUUGUGGAAAAUGAGUCCAUACAGGUCGGAACAACAGGGGCCAUGCUACUGGGAAGGAGGCUAAGGCCUGAGAACUGUGGAGAUUCCAACCUCACACCUCCAAGGGCCUGUGUGUCUGCACCGUGCCCGCACUGUGGUGUGCUCUGUAUUCCUGAAACUUGACUGUUGGUCAAGUUAACUAACUACUCCCAAAUUUCGGUUUAGCAACUAACUGAUGGUUAAAAGCGGGAGCAACAACAGCUCAAGACCCCGAUGGACCCCUAAUGGUAUUAGGCCUAAUCAGUACUCUUUGCAACAGAAGCUCUGUUUUUCUUGAAGGGAAACUUUGCUGAGUCUACAUUGUGUCCAUCCUGGAAAUAUCUUCCUUGAAAACCACUGUACCCAUUAAUUCUAGAUGCUAAUAGCUUUCUGCUUUUGGUGGUCAAAUGUACCUCAGCAGGGCGGCAGUAAAUGGAUACUUUCUCUCUAACCAGAGCCUAUUUUUAUUUGUGUUAUUAUUAUUAUUAUUCUCUGACUGUAACUGCUGAGUUUUAUGAACGCAGUAUUAACUUACAUGAUUUAGGAGCUGCCGAAGACCAAGGCUACCGGUGGAGGUCGGCGUUCCGCCGCCUCCUACUUGUCUUACAGUGCAGACCUGAAUUUCAGGGCGUCUAAAACCUUUCCUGAUUGGUUUGUUUGGCUUUCUGGAUGUUAUCUGUGGUACUCUGGGGAAAAUCUAAAAGUAUUCAGGGAUGAUUUAUUGGCAGUAUUUCUGUUAUAUGCCAUCUUGUUUUUAAGUUUUUGAGGUUAUGUGGGGGAUGGGUAUGAAACUUUAUAGCUGACUCAAUUGCAAUAUGAGAUUUCUAGUUUAACCUCUUUUUGUGAAUUGUCUCAAAGCUUACUAAAAAUAAGGUCUAGAAAUUCACAACAUUAAUUUUAGUCUCUUUGUCCUUAAAAAUUAAUCAUAAUAAUUAAAUCAAAUCAUUUUAUUACUAUUAAUUGAAAUCUUCUGAACAUCAAUUCUUCCAGCCACGAGGUUUAUUUUCAUAUUUAUUAGUAAGUUCAGCUUCCUACUCCCGAAGUGUCACUCAAAGUUUAAACAUAUAUAUUGCUUUAAUGUUGAAGCUCAUAACUGCUGGAGAAACUUGAUUACUUCCAAUCAAUUUUGAUUUUAGGAUGUAGAUCUUAAGUGCUCUCUCUUUUGUAAAAUUUUAUUUUAUUUAUUACUAUUAUUAUCAUUAUUAAUUAGUGUAUAUGUGUGUGUGUGUGUGUGUGUGUGUGUGUGUGCACGCGCGCACGCACACACAAAGGUAAGAGAACCACUCCAGAACUCCAUGAUUUCUGGAGAUUAAAUUUAGGUUGUUAGGAUUGAGUCCAAAGGGCUUUUACCCACUGAGCCAUCUUGUUGGCCCUCAAGUUUUCUUACUCUAAAAACAAAGCCUUUAUUUUCUGCGUGAGUUUAUUUUCUGCAUGAGUUUGGUAGGUGACCUUUUCCUCAUGCGUUUAUCAGUAGGAAUAUCUCCUAUCAAGAUGCCAGUGUUCACAAAGACCUAUAGUUUGAAUUUUUAGGAUAUUCUGCAAGAGAACUGUAGGUGGUCUGUGGACUGGCCUACUUAAUGUUUAUAAUAUGACAAAGUAUGUAAUUUUGUUUCUGGCAUAUAUUAAAUAGCCAUAAAAUCCAGAUGGUUACCUCAGUAGUGCCUCAUCAGAAGCACCUCCUUCCUGUCCAUUUUGUUAAGUAAUUUCUUUUUCCUGUGAUAGCCGCGGGGAAAUAGUGGAGUAGGUGGUCUUGGGUUUGUUUAGCCAAAGUGGCUAGAAGAUUUUUUUUUUUUAAGUUGAAAAUCUGGUAAAACUUUCUCGACCUCUUCCUGCCCAGCAGGAGCCUGUUUUGAGCCAAUUUCCAACCAAAUUCCUCAUGACUAACUCUUCAAAUACAAGUACUGAGCAGUAAACAGUUAGAGACUCUAAGCUCGGGGAGGUAACUCAAGGUUGUCACUACUUUCCUUUUGAGAAAACUCCCUCAAGUCCUGAGAUCCCCUGCGUGUGAAAGAAAAAAUGGUGUUUCCAACUAAGAACUAUGUUGAAUUUGAUGUAGAAAAGUAGAAUGUGUUAAUGCCACUGACUGUUGUACUGGGUGUGUUAUUUGAUUGGAUUGAAGAUUUGAGCUUUAAGACAGAAAUAUUUUUUAAGGUACUAUUUUCUAUACUCAGUCUACAUUAAAAGCAGGAGGUAGGCUUUCUUUUAGCAUCCGGAAAUUACAUGUUAACGGGUGUAUUACCUAGAUGCCAAUAUAAGCAACUCUAUAUUUGGAAUAAGAUGCCUUUGAUGUUAGGUGAAUUUCUAACAUGUUAUGCUGGAAAUAUCAAGUACUUUUUAUUGAAAGAGAUUUGGAAUAAAUUAUAAUGUUUGUUUAUUUAAAAUUAGAGAUAACUAUUUGAGAA